AUGCUCCAAAAUUUUAUUCAAUUUCAAUCAGCUAUCGGUAAAGUUACUUUAUUAUACUAAGAAAAUCGAGAUAAAUUACUUAAAUUUUUAUAAAAUUGGCAAUUGUUGCGAAGUUAUAUGCUUAUUGGAUACAAUAAUGAAGAAUCGGAGACUAAAUUUUUUAUAUAUUGUACACACAAUCUCUUAACUUAGAACAAUUGUAUAUAUGCAGAAGAUUAUUCAGACUUGGAAAGAGUCUACAAACAAUCUUAAAUAUCUUAGAAAAAACAUAACUCUAAAAUUCGAAUAAGGCAUACAAUUAAAUACCACACAAGGUGAAUGAAAUGUCCAUAUAUUCAGUCUACAUAUUUUAUUUCUUUUUUCAUUUGAUUGAAAAUAUCAUGGUCAUUCAUUAAAUGGGAUUUUUUGGCAAAAAAUUUAAUCAUAAAUUAUUAAAAAUAGUAUCACAUACAUUUUGGACUUUUGGAUUGCUAACUUAACUAGUCUAUUAUUUCAAUAGACUUAGAUCAGCAUUUCGAAGGUAUUUUAAUCUUUAUUAGAGAGAGAGUAAGAAUUGAAAUCUUAAAUCUAAAAUGGAAUGACCAAUGGAGAGUUUCUCGAAUAAUUAAAGUCCUUUUCCAAUGAAAGAUACUAAUAUGGAUUAUUAAUAUUAAGAAUAAUUGGUGAUCUAGCAUGCGCAAUGUAGAAAGCGUAGAUUCCAGAAAAAAUUGUAAUGCAUACCCUAUCAUUUCUAGUUACAUACUAGGUUUAAUAGAGGCCUAGUUGCUUGCGGAGGAUUAUUGAGUUCGAGCAUUUAAAUAUACAUAUAAGCAGCAAGAAUAAAUAAAAAAUAGAACUUCGUGGAAGUAUGA